AUGAGGAAAAUCGAAUGGGCUCCGCUAAAUGUGCCACUAAAACGACGCCUUGAGACGCUAAGUGCCUUCGGGGUUAUGUUUCUGUUUCUCUUCGGAGAAUUGUGGUUGUUGCUGUACUACGUCUAUCUAUUGGUUUUCGGAGGUAUUUGGGCCAAAACUUUCUGUGUAAUUUAUGGUAUUUUCAUAUACUAUGAUCGGAAAGCCGGGGUCAACUGCGGACGCGGACAGGGUGUAAAAUGGUUCCGUAACAUGUAUUGUUUACGACUGUUCCAAUCCUACUUCCCAGCAAAACUACAUAAAACUGUAGAUCUUCCAGCGGACCGGAAUUACAUUUUUGCAGCUUUUCCCCAUGGGGUUUUAAGCUUAGGAAGCUUUGCAAACUUCGCUACCGAUGCAACUGGUUUCUACAAACAAUAUCCGGGCAUUCGUACGCGCCCCUGCACGCUAAACUUCCACUUUGUCAUUCCCUUCUAUCGAGAGAUCCUGCUGAGCUGGGGUCUGUCAUCAUGCGCUUCCCGCAGCGUUAUGAACAUGCUCACGGCUUCCAACAAUCCGGACCAUCCGGUGAAUCGUCGCGACGGAUACACGUCCAAUGCAGUGGUUCUGGUUGUCGGAGGUGCAGCUGAAUCGUUGCAUACUCGACCGAACAACUACACACUGGUGUUAAAAAACCGUAAGGGUUUCUGCAAGAUAGCCCUUAGGGCAGGCAGCUCGAUCGUUCCGGUGAUAAACUUCGGCGAGCUGGACCUGUACGAUCAGCCGCCGAAUCCGAUCGGAUCGAAGCUCAGAAACUUCCAGGAAUGGGUGAAAAACUCGACCGGAAUUGCACCUGCUGCUUUCCGUGGGCGUGGUUUCUUCCAGUACACCUAUGGUAUAAUUCCACGGCGAAAACCGAUCAACACUGUCAUUGGUGGUCCCGUUGAGGCUAAGAAAUCAGAAAAUCCAACGGCGGAAGAAAUAGACGAACUACAUUCCAGAUUCUGCAAAGCUCUGGAAGAUUUGUUUGAGGAACACAAAGCCAAAUAUAUAGAGGAUUAUAAAAAUGUAAAAUUAGUUUUAGAGUAA